AUGACCUUGGAUAUUCAUACUUUACUUCUCCACUUAUCUUUCCUUUGCAUUGGAGUUUUAAGUCAAAAUGAAUGCUCAAGUUACACCUGUAAGCCUUCACAAAUGGCUUUUGAUGAUGAAACUUGCAUUUACUAUGACCAAACAGAUGAUGUUUAUUAUUCAAAAGAAUGCUCAGGUAAUACAAUUUGCAAUGGCGCAAAAGCUUCUAAUAUGACUUGCGCAACAAAUCAGCACUAUUUUGGUCUCAGCUAUCCUGGAGAUAAAUGUCAGCAAGAUUCUGAUUGUAUUUAUUCUUUAACUGGUUGAUGCUCUAGUGGAGUAUGUCAAGGAGGCACAAAAGAUGUGACUUGUAAUUCAAAUUUGUUCUGUGUGCCUGGAUACACUUGCUUCAAUUAUAUAAAGUGCGUUCCUCAAAUAGAAAUUGGCCAAAAAGGAUGCUUAAUUGAUACUGACUGUGUAAAUAACGCAGCCUGUAAUAUCACAUCUACCACUGAUUCUCAGGCCAACACUUGUUAUCAAGUGUUUACAUUUGAGCCGCAUGAGCCUGUUGGAAGCUGCCUAAAUGGAGAAAGCCAGCUAUGUAAGUACAUAAAUUGCGCCCAAAAUGAAGCUGAUGGUGAUUUUUAUUGUACAAAUUUGCUGGCGUCAAAAGAUAAUUAUGAUGCUUCUUGUCAGGUAGGUAAUCCAAAAUGCCAUUCUCAGCCAGAUAAUUUUUUUAACCCUCCAUUUGUUGCCAGUUCAGUUUGUGAUUGCGGCUACAAUGCAGGUAGAAAUGCGUAUUGCAGCCUUUUCUAUGGAGAUGGCCCUGGAGUAAAAAUGCUAACUCCCCCCUACUAGUGGUCCAGAGUUGGUGGGGCAAAAUAUGUUCCUCAAUUCUCUCCCCUAUUAGUGGACAAAAUCAUUGAACUUUUCUGGAUAAAAAUCCAAUAAAAAUUUUUAAUAUAAAAUCUUAUGGAAAAUAUAUAAUUUUAAACAGUUUGUAUUUAAAACAUAAAUUUACAAAUUUACUUUCCAAUUUUUGCCAAAAGGGGAUUUUUAAUUUCGAUAAAAAAUUAUUACCUCCUUUCGUUAGCAAACAAAAUUUGUUUUUGAAGUAAGUUAUUGGGCAAAAUGGUUUUCAAGUCCAGCAGUUUUAAAAUGCAAUACAGCGAAUAGAAAAUCAUUUAAGUGUAUGCAGGAUUAUUGGGAUGAAAAAAGUUUUACGGAACUGUAUUAUUGGUACACCUAUUUCUAUGCUUAUAACCUUAUAGUUGGAAGCGAAAAAUGUGUGAUAGGCACUGCGGCUUUUCAAUACGCAUAUGCUUCAGAAUUAAAUGGUGUUGGUGAUUAUGACGAUUCUGCAGUCGUCUUGGGGAUUUCAAUGGCCAUUGCAUUCAUCUUUUCUUAA